CGGGAGCCGCCGCCGCCGCCGCCGCCGCGGAGGAGGAGGCGGAGGAGGUGGAGGAGGUGGUUGCCCGGGCCGGCGAGGAGUCCCUUGCUGAAGGCGGACCGCGGAGCAGCGGGCGGCACGCGCGCGUCUGAGGCGGCUGUUGGAGAAGUAGAGCGACAGUCACGGGGGGAGGAGGAGGAGGGAUUGAGCGGCGGCGGCCCCCGCGUCCCGGUGCUUCUAUGGGGGAAGCAGACAAUGGAUUAUGAUUUCAAGGCGAAGCUGGCGGCGGAGCGGGAGCGGGUGGAGGAUUUGUUUGAGUACGAAGGGUGCAAAGUGGGGCGCGGCACCUACGGGCACGUCUACAAGGCGAGGCGGAAAGAUGGAAAAGAUGAAAAGGAAUAUGCAUUGAAGCAAAUUGAAGGAACAGGAAUAUCCAUGUCAGCUUGUAGAGAGAUUGCACUUUUGCGAGAAUUGAAGCACCCUAAUGUGAUCGCAUUGCAGAAGGUGUUCCUUUCUCACAGUGACAGAAAAGUGUGGCUGCUGUUUGAUUAUGCAGAGCAUGACUUAUGGCAUAUAAUCAAGUUUCAUCGUGCAUCAAAAGCAAAUAAAAAGCCCAUGCAGUUGCCAAGAUCUAUGGUUAAAUCAUUACUUUACCAGAUUCUUGAUGGUAUCCAUUAUCUCCAUGCAAACUGGGUGCUUCACAGAGACCUGACCCUAAUGCCACACGAAGCUAGAGGAUACAUGAAGUCAAAGAACUCAAGCAGCGUGAUGGAGACUGGGCAGCCAUCUCACAGAGUAAGCUCGUGUGGCUGGAUUUGCAGGUUGUCCAUCAGAGGCCAUCGAUCCAGUCUAACCAUGAGCCACAUUGGGAAACCAGCAAAUAUCCUAGUAAUGGGAGAAGGUCCUGAGAGAGGGAGAGUCAAAAUUGCUGACAUGGGUUUUGCCAGAUUAUUCAAUUCUCCUCUAAAGCCCCUAGCAGAUUUGGAUCCAGUAGUUGUAACAUUUUGGUAUCGGGCUCCAGAACUUUUGCUGGGUGCAAGGCAUUAUACAAAGGCUAUUGAUAUAUGGGCAAUCGGUUGCAUAUUUGCUGAAUUGUUGACUUCAGAACCUAUUUUUCACUGUCGUCAGGAAGAUAUAAAAACAAGCAAUCCCUUUCAUCACGAUCAACUAGAUCGGAUAUUUAGCGUCAUGGGGUUUCCUGCAGAUAAAGACUGGGAAGAUAUUAGAAAGAUGCCAGAAUAUCCUACACUUCAAAAAGACUUUAGAAGAACAACGUACGCCAACAGUAGCCUCAUCAAGUACAUGGAGAAACACAAGGUCAAGCCUGACAGCAAAGUGUUCCUUUUGCUUCAGAAACUCCUUACCAUGGAUCCAACCAAAAGAAUUACCUCAGAGCAGGCUCUGCAGGACCCCUAUUUUCAGGAGGAUCCCUUGCCGACAUUAGAUGUGUUUGCUGGCUGCCAGAUUCCAUAUCCUAAACGAGAAUUCCUUAAUGAAGAUGAACCUGAAGAGAAAGCUGACAAGAAUCAGCAGCAGCAGCAGCAGAACCAGCAUCAGCAGCCCACAGCCCCUCCACCACAGGCCCCUCCUCAGGCCCCCCCACAACAGCAGAGCAGUACCCAGACCAAUGGGACCACAGGUGGAGUGGCAGCUGGCGUGGGGGGUCCAGCAGCAGGGCUGCAGCACAACCAGGACUCCAGCCUGAAUCAGGUGCCUCCAAAUAAGAAGCCACGGCUUGGGCCUUCAGGCGCAAGCUCAGGUGGACCUGUCAUGCCCUCUGACUAUCAGCACUCUAGUUCUCGCCUGAAUUACCAAAGCAGCGUUCAGGGAUCAUCUCAGUCCCAGAGCACACUAGGCUACUCCUCCUCAUCUCAGCAGAGUGCGCAGUACCACCCAUCUCACCAGGCCCAUCGGUACUGAUCCACUACUUCACCUGGCCUGGCCAGCCCAGAGCACAGACUCCAGCAAUACAAUGUCUGCAUUGCAAAGAACCCCAAAGUGCAAAGUGUGAUGCCAUUUAAAACUCACACACGUGGGAGGAAAAACUUGUAUACUGAGCAUUUUUCAGGACUAACAUCUUGAAGGUUUUUGUGAAGCUUUCCAAGCUCCCUUUCCCGCAUGUGUUCCAUUGUGACUUCUCUGAUAAAGCAUCUGAUCUAAUCCCAGCACUUCUGUAACCUUCAGCAUUUUUUGAAAGGUUUCCUGGUGCACCUUUCUCAUGCUGUAGCAAUCACUAUAAUUUAUCUUUUCGAAGCUCUUUUAAUAGGAUUUUAAUGUUUGAGAAACAGGAUUCCAGUAGUGUAUAGUUUUAUACUUCAUGAACUGAUUUAGCAACACAGAUAAAACUGUACCUUUUAAAGCACUACAUAGUUUUCACAGACUCUGUUUUGCUCAUGGAAAUCUAUAACAGAAACUGUUACUGUCCCGAAGUACUUUAUAAUUGUGUUUUCUUUAUCUUGUUUCAGGGAAGGUCUAGUAAAAGACAAGUGGUGGGACAGAGGGAACCUACAACCAAAACCAGCCUAAAUCUUUGCAGUUACUAUGCUUUAUGCUAUGAAGAAUGAAGUAUGUGAUUUUUUAUAUAACCAUUUGUAUGGAACUUAGUUCCCAGAAUCAUUAUGUUCUGAAUAGUAUUCAGUAAUUAGGAAUUAUAGUUUUAAGCUUCAUGUAGCUAAGUUUACCUUCAAAAGGGUUUCAAGGUCCAGGGACUUAGCUCAGUGGUUCCACCGCUUGCCUUGCAAGAGCAAGAACCCGAGUUUGAUCCCCAGUACCCAAAAUAAAUAAAUAAAUAAAUAAAUAAAUAAAUAAAUAAAUAAAAGGGUUUCAAGAGCUUUGAUGAAAUACAGUCCUCUGGUGACCCACACCAGAAAGCUGGAGAGAAUAUUAACUGCACUAGGAUUUCUUUAAGGAGUAGUGCUUAUCAAAGGAUGCAUUACUUCCCCUUGAAGGAAAAGCUUUUAGUGUGUAUUGUAUGUAAAUUUGGCUUCUCUAAAGAAACUGUUGCUUUCUUCAGUUUCUUCACUUCUGCGUUGAGGUAACUUUCUUACAUAAUCAAGAGUAUUCAAAUAGAAGCCUGCAAAUUCAUAUACUUUUAAAAUAAAGAGCAGUGUUCCCUGUUUGUAUUUGCAUUAGACAUAGACUAUUUUUAAAGCAUGUUAAAAUUUAGGUUUUAUACAUGUUUGAAGUAUGUAUUAUGUAUGCAUAAUUUUGCUGUUGUUACUGAAACGUAUUUCUAUCAAAAAUCUUUUCAUUGCACUGAAUGCUUUCUUUUGCCCCUAGGAGAAAACUUAAUAAUUGUGCCUAAAAACUAUGGGCAGAUAGUGUAAGGCUAUACCAGAUAAGGUGAUAUUUGCAUUUCUGUUAUCUUUGAGUUAGAGGGUGAGUUCUUUCCUAGCCACUCUAAGGAGCCUCUCACUCCCCAGGGUCAAAAGAAAAUGUAAGGAUUUAGAGCUCCCAUUGCAAUGUAAGGGCAAAAAAUUUUUUGUUCUUCUAAAUGCUACUAGCAGCACCAGCCUUUUUUUUUUUUUGUACCGGGGAUCGAACUCAGGACCUUGCGACUGUGAGGCAGGCGGCGGAACCACUGAGCUAAAUCCCCAGCCCAGCACCAGCCUUGUUUUAAUGUUUUCUUGAGCUAGAAGAAAUAGCUAAUUGUUGUAUAUGCAAAUUACAUGCAUUUUUAAAACUAUUCUUUGUGAACUUAUCUACCUGGUUAUUAUACUCUGGGUCCUAUACAAGUAAAAUACGAUUUAAGACAGAAGCUAGUAUACAUUUUGCACUAUUGAUGUGAUACUGUAGCCAGCCAGGACCUUACUGAUCUCAACAUAAUAAUGCUUAGUAAUGAUAAUAAGACUAAUGACACUCAUCAAGAUGGGAGAUGAAGCAGUUGACAUGCUCCAUUGGAAGGAAUUUCUGAUCAUCUCCGUGGUAUUUAACCCCUUUUGUUCUUUAAAUAAGAAAUUAGCUUUCUUACAUGAUGUAGUUACCUGUACAAAGUUCUGUCCUAUGCCCUGAAGCCUCCCUGUCCAGAGCUGCUGGUCAGCAGGUGCUCGCUACACCCUCACCAUGUGCCCAGUGCUCUGCUGGCUGGAAAACAAAGGGCAGGACAUACUUCGUGUCCUUUGGGACCUUAUGGUCACUUCAGUGACAGCAUGCUCUCCUGGGAAGUCUAUGCCAUGAGAUUGACUUAUAAUAACACAAAGGUCCUUUUGUUUACUUCUAAAUUCCCUGGGAUAGUUAUUCUUCCACAUUCUCUAGUAAACAGUGUUAUGGAGAGGUUUCUGUGUCUGUCCAUGUUAGGAGAAAGUCAGUGAUUUAAGUGUCACAAAAGACAUUCCUGUAUAUUUGAAAUGUUCACAACAGCCUUGAACAAUUAAUUGGGUGGCCCUGGUAGGCAGAGCAUUCUCUACAAAGUGAUUGUAGGAAAUUACAGGUAAAAUAUAAGCUCUAUUCUUGAUGUGAGGGAAGCUUACAUUUAAUAAAAGAAACCCCAGAUAUGUAUAUAAGCCAAGAUACAAUGCCCCUGAAUACUUUAUAAGUAAUUUUAAUAUGUAAUUCUUAGGAUAUGUGCUUAUACAUUGACAGAACUACCCUGCUUUCCUUGUACAUAAAGAAUUUUACUGGUAGAACUGACACAAAUCACACAGGGGUUUUGUCAGUCGCUCCCAGUACACAGUAUUCUCCAGGGCAUAGCCAGAGGUUCCCCAUUACAUAACGACUGGGUUUCUUAUCACUGCACUGUUUCUGCCCCUUUUCUCCUCUUCUUGCCUCAGGGUUGAUGAUGCCUACUGUUGUCCAUUACGCUUUGAAAUGAUUUUGGUUAGUAAUUUCCUUUCUCUGUAAAGGGGAACAAAGCUUUCUACACAUAAGGGCCCUGAACUAUGGGACCUCCAAGGAGACCUGUAAAGCUUUCUGAAGGCAAAGAUUAUCAAUGUGGUCCCCAAAUGACUACAUUCCUUUUUGACAGUCUAAUGAUAUAUUGCAUCCCCAAGGGUGCAGGGGGCACAUCCCUCAGCCUGUGGGAACACCUGGACCAGGGGAAGUUUUGAAAGGAAGGAAUGAAGCCAAGGGAAAGUUUUCUGCUCUUGAUAUUACAGAUCUAUUUUAGGGUUAGCUUGCUAGUGAGAUGGGUGUUUGGGAAAAGGGAUUCAAGAGUACAGGACAGAAAAACUUGGAAUAAGGUAGAUUGGUGACAGGGCUGAUCCUGUGAGGCUGAACAAUCCUUGUAAUGAAGUAGAUCAUGCAGUGAGGUGCAAAAACCAAGGGUGUGUAUAUUUUUAUAUCUGUGUGGUUUUGAAACUUUAGUACUUAGAAUGUUGGCCUUCUGUACUACUCUUGCUCUUACAUUUUACUCUCAAGAAUGAAAGGGGACAACGUGGACAUAUGUGUUCACUGGUUCAUUCCUGGUGAGCAACUGUUGGUUGUUCUCUGUGCCUCUAAAAUGGUGCUCUUUUCUCUGAUAAAGGUAAAAGAGAAAAAGUAGUUGGAGAAUAAGACUUGGAACUUUAUCUGUUUUGAGUGGCAGAAACUAUACAAUGAAGGAUGAAGUCUAUGAAAGUUGCAAAUCUUAAACUCUAUGGUGAUAUCUUCCUAGGGGAUAGAGAAAGGCACUGACAUGGCCAUUAGAUUAACAGAGGCUUGAAGGAGUCAAGUACAAGUAAUAUUUUAUAUAAAAUAUAGCAGUUUAGGUCUCCAUAAUCUUCAAGAAUAGUCACAAAUAUAAGCAAAGGUCAUUGUUUUAGGAUUUUUUUUUUAAAAAAAUGUGUUGUACCUAAGGCCAUACUUACUCUUCUAUGCUAUCACCAUAAGGGAGUGAUAGGUAUGUAUUAUAUGAAAAAAUCCUAAUGCACUGUUAAUCUCCUAAAUAUUUAGUAAAUUAAUACUAUUUAAUUUUUUUAAAGACUUGUCUGUGUAGACACUAAAAGUAUUACACAAAAUCUGGACAGAAGAUGUCCUUUUUAACAACAAUUGAAAGUACUUUUUAUAUAUGUUAUGUAGUAUAUCCUUUCUAAACUGCCUAGUUUGUAUUUCUGAUAAUUCCUGUAUGUGAAGUGUACCUGUCUUUCUCGCUUUUUUUAGUCAUUUUCUGCACGCAUCCCUUUUUGUAUGACUAGCUUUCCAUGCUCUGCUGCAGUGUAUGUGCUCCAAGCGCUGGUGCCUCAGCAUAGCCCACGCUGUGGGUACAGGCUGAGCUGCCGUGUGGGAGCCCAGUGUUUCCUGCUUUUGAGUUGUCCCAACACCUUUCUUGAAAUGACUGUUAAAAUAAAUUAGAUUGCAUUUAUUUUAUAUUCUUGGUUGAAAUAAAAUCUAAUUGGCUUUG